AUGAGUAUGCCAUUAUCAAAAUUUCCAUCGAUUGAAAUCAUUAAAGUAGCAGGAUCGGGUACUUUUGGUAAUUAUUUUGACCAUAUGUAAAGGAUAUGUCUUUGAAGCUUAUGAUCACAAUACAAAAUAGAAAGUUGCUCUUAAAAGAAUUGAGAAGGUUGGAAAUCUGUUAAGUAGAGAAUAUGAGAUACUAUUUGAAGUUAAAGAAUGUGAUCAUAUUGUCAAAAUACUUGUAUUUUAUUUUAGUAAGAGUAGGAUUUUUUUUAUUCCAGAACUGAUGCGGGUAAAUUAAUUCAAAAUAUUGUGUUUGAAUAUAUGGAGGAUAAUCUUGAAAACAGGAUUUAAACAUAUAUAAAAUAAGGUAAGGUCUUCUCUGAAUUGACUAUAAAGUCAUACAUUUAUCAAAUUUUAAAAGGAUUAUAGUUUAUUCAUAAAAAGGGAAUAGCUCAUAGAGAUUUAAAACCGUAAAAAAUGAUUGAUAAUUUUUAUUAGAGAAAACAUCCUUAUCAAUGACAAAGAAGUAGUUAAAUUGUGCGAUUUUGGAAGUUCUAAAAUGAUAAAUACUCACGGUUAAAAUACCCCAUACAUAGUGUCAAGAUAUUAUCGUGCUCCUGAAUUAAUUUUAUGUGUUACAAAGUAUGAUGUGUCUAUUGACAUUUGGGCUUUGGGUUGCAUAAUGGGGGAAUUGGUUGUAAAAGAGGCUCUAUUCAAAGGAAAAAGUGAAGGGGAUUAAUUGUUUGCAAUUUUCAAAGUGAUGGGGAGCUUCAAUUAAAGUGAAAUGGAUUACUUUGCAAAUAAAGUGCCUUUCGAUCAUAAAAUAUUUUUCAAAGAGUUGUAGAAGUAUAAAAAAUAGAAUUUGAAAGAGAAAUUCAAUUAAAUGAAAGACUUGGACAACUUCUUGGAUUUGCUUAAGUAAGAUUAUUCAUCAUAUUAAGUUAAAUGUUGCAGUACAACCCAGAGAAAAGAAUCAGUGCAAGUGAUGCUUUGAAGCAUCCGUUUUUUAAAGAUGUAGCGGAUUAAUGAUUAUAUAU